AUUCAUCUGGUGAUAGAACUCCGAUGGUUGAUUUCCAGCGUCUCCUAAUAGGAUCGACAUUGUAAAUUCCAGCGGGAAUAGUCACUACGCUCGGAAGGGACUUUGAUAUUUUCAGGCUGUGCAUCAGGGUACGCUUGAGUCCUUAAAUUUUGAAGAGAAACCGGCCCUUUGCAGCCAGCCACAGACGCGUCGCGUCAGUUUCCCACGGUGAUGCGUGUUUCGACGCGACUUUACGCUCAAAGUCACUCGUCACUCACUGUCAUGGCAGAUACAUUUGUAGCUACUGGACUGCUCGGGCCCGGUCCAUCGACCUCGUUGCUAGGAUCCUCAUCCACCACAGAUAGGCUCACCUCCGUCUUCCUAUCGAAUGGCCUUUUGGGCGGUUUGUGUGUUGCCCCAACUCAUGCACAACCAGAAGAACGAGUGCAGGAGCUUGAAGGCGUAGAUGAGCCGAGUGCAAGUGAGCAAGCGGAGACGAUGAACGCUUUUCAACCAAACGGUUUGUUGGGAUCACAGGAUGCGAACGGAUCUCAAACCGAUACUUUUCCAUCAAGUGGAAUAUCACAUGGAUCACAAGACGAUCAUUUCCCUCCCAUAUCAGACAUCCUGGGUCUCAUCCCAAAGAGUUCCCGCAACACCGUGUCUUCAUCCUCUAGAUCAUUUAUCCCCACGCACAUACGUGCUCCGCUCCGCGCUACAACAUAUGACGGGAAUACAAUACACAUAGGGCGAAAGCGGUACGUAGGCACAACACAGAAGACUUCUUCUGCUCCAACACAAUUAAGCAACCUAUUGGAUGUGCCUAUACAUAGACUCAGAGAUGAGUUAUCGGCUGCUACUGCUUUGAAGUCGUCUCUUUCGAAAACUACUGCCAGAGCGUCUGAACCACACAAACCUUCAAGUCCAGUGCCAGAGGACACACUUUGGGUUGAUCGAUAUCGCCCUCGGAAAUUCACAGAGUUGUUAGGUAAUGAGCGUGUUGCUCGUGAAACAAUGGCUUGGCUGAAGCAAUGGGACUGGUGUGUAUUCGGCAAGAAGAAGAGCAAGAAGAGGCUGCUGGAAGAUGAUGAGAACUAUAACCCUGACGAUGAAUACCACCGACCACGAGAAAAGUUACUACUAAUAUCCGGUCCCCCUGGGCUUGGUAAGACGACAUUAGCUCAUGUUAUUGCGAAGCAGGCGGGAUAUGAAGUAAUGGAGAUAAAUGCGAGUGAUGCGCGUUCUGCACAGGUUAUCGACGAGCGAAUACGGCCGGCGCUGGAAUCAGGGUCUGCAGUCGGAAGCAGUGAAACCUAUAUAGAUGGGGCCACAGGAGGCGGGGACAACUCAAGUGGAUUUGUGAACAAGCUGGUUUCGCUCACCUUUGACAAGCCAAAGAACAAACGGAAAAAGAACGACCAGAAAGACAAGCGUCCUCUUCUUCGCCCGAUAAUAUGCAUUUGUAAUGACCAAAAUGCGAAUGCACUUGCCAAACUCCGUCCUCACGCUCGGCAAAUCCGGUACACGAGACUUGCUGAUAGUCAUAUUGUCAAGCGUCUCCGCGAGAUUUGCGAGUUGGAGGGGCUACGAGCUGAUACCAGGGCUCUGAGUGCCUUGGUUGGCGUGGCCAAAGGCGAUCUCCGAGGCUGUCUCAAUACUCUACAGUUCAUCAAGUCUCGCAAUGACGAGGUAACCGAACCUCUCAUUCGCCGUGCUACAGUGGGCAUGAAGGAGGGGGACACUACCGUAACUUCCGUAAUUAACGAAAUAUUUGCACCUUUAUCCCGAAAACGUCUUAAAGAGCUUGGCAUGGGCGAAGAAGAAGAGGCACGAUACGUGAACCGCCUAAGCCAUACAAUUGAAGGAUUGAACAAUCCUGCAAGUAUAGCAAAUGGGUGUUUUGCGCAUUAUAUCAAUUGUCACCGGCACGAUGCGAACUUGAACCACUACGAGAAGGCUGGCGAGUGGUUGACGACCUUUGACUCCUUCUCAUCGGUUAUGUAUACGGACGGGGACUUCGCGCUGCAUACAUACUUGUCAUAUUUCCUGGUCCCUUUUCAUCCGCUAUUCCGAGAGCGAGGCGAAAAGCGGGUAGAACGAGAUAGUUCGGACUGGGACAACUUGCAGCUGACGCGCGCAAAUGAAGAAAUUUACAAAUCAUUAGCAAACGGUAUCCGCUCUACCGACACCUCGUCACAGGUGAAGUCCUUGCAACUCGAAUUUGCGCCAUUCGUCAAUCGUAUAAUUUCACCUCCUUUGCGACCAGUCAACAGUCAAGUAAUAAAACCACAAGAAAGAGCCCUGCUCUUGCGCUUGGUGGAGAUUAUGGUGUCUUUUGAACUUCGCUUUGUGCAAGAGAAGGCUGAGGAUGGCCAAAAUGUGUAUAGGCUUGACCCUCCAAUUGAUGUUUUUGUUACCUACGACGGCAAGCGCGCCGAAGAUAUCGCAGUCUCUCGGUUUGCUGUUCGACAGUUAGUCGCCACUGAGAUUGACGCCGCACUCGUCGCAAAGCAAGCAGACGCAGUGGAGAAAGGAAAGGAACAUGCAAAAGCCAACUUCUUCAAAACAUCGAGGAAGGGCGUCACGGAAAACGACGAAGCUCCCGAGCCCAUGGAAGUUAUAGGAGGUAACGAUGAACUGCGCCGCUUGAAUGCCUCCUCUGAGCCAGGCCCCGAAAACAAACGAGCACGCACGUCCGAGAAAUUGGACAUCGCAGACAAGCCACCUGUGGACUUCUUUGGAAGGCCGAUCGCUAUUAAGAAAGAUUCAAGGAGGUCAUCAACGUCGAAAAAGGUAGUCCCUGAUUUUCGCAUUGCAUAUAAACAUCUGGAAGGAAACUCGGCGGCUGUUCGUCGGCCGACGAAGGUUUCAUCGUUUCUCUGAUCAAACCCAAAGUUGUUGUAUCACCAUAGCACAGUAAUAGACC